AUGAGCAGUUUAAGGCCUGAGUCUCAUGUGGCACAGCAAAUUCGGCGCGAAAAAUUGAGAAUCCAAAACAGUUCUCAACAUCUGCAAGAAUUCCCUAACAAUCUCGAACAGUUAUCAUCACAGCCAGGGUUUAAUAACUUUGACCUUCUUCAAGUUAGGAAUGUUAGAAACGCUAACAUGCUUGAUGAACCGGUUGUUUACUCAUCAGAAAUACCAAACUUCUCCACUUCUUCAAACCCUUUGUCUGCUCCAAAGAACGCGUUGGAGUAUCAUCAUCAAGAAAUAGGUGCAGCUGAACCGAGUAAUAGGCUGAUGAUGACUCACUAUGGUGCAUUUUACCAUUCCAUUCCCGCUAUUCAUUCUUCCCAUACGGAACAGUGUGAACUUCGUAGUUUGGGAAAUUGGAGGAACAGUGCUCCCCAUCAAGGAUCUGAUUGGUUUUGUAAUUAUGCAAGUAAUGCCAAUUCUUUGUUGUCUUCUGAGCUCAACAAUGUGUCUGCUUACGACGAACUUAUGGAUGUACAGUGUAGGAAUGCAUCUGGUGAUAGAGAAAUUCAAAAGCAAUUAGGUGUACUGCAUAAUCCUCCUCCUUCUUCUCCACUGUAUCAGAAUGCUUUGCACGAUAUUGUGAAGUCGGCUUCUAUCAGUGCCCUCUCUAGGCAAGACGCGACUUCCCUGAUGCAACAUAAUGACCACAGCAUUUGGGUGGGGAAUGCUAGUGAAGUUGAGCUUCAACAACCAAGUUAUGGAAAUCAGCCAAAUCCGUUACGUUUUGGAUGGACAAAUCGAGCAGUAGAUAAUACCCCUAGUGAUUCACUUCCUCAGAGCUUAUCCUUGUCACUUUCAUCGAAUGCACAACCCAAGCCUUCUGUUUCUCAGCAUGAACAAGGGUCUACAUCAGAUGAUCCUCAUUGUUUGAAGUAUAUGAAGUCGUCUAUUGUUUCAAGAGAUUGUGGGAAAUCACUUCAAGACGCGGUGGGAAUGCCUUCAAAGUGUACUUUUAGUUACCGUAGUGUGGGUCCCCUUGGCCCUUUCACCGGGUAUGCUACUAUUCUUAAGAAUUCAAGGUUCUUAAAAUCUGUCCAACAAUUGUUAGAUGAGAUUUGCUGUCUUUCUGGUGCAAAAUUUCCGAAAUCAUAUGAUGUUUCCAAGAGGGUUUCUCCAGAAGUUAGUGCUUCUACUUCUGCUGAUACUGUUACUGUCAACGAAACCAGGGUUACUGCAAAAGGUAGUAACUCAGGUUCUUCAUCAACUAUGUUGUAUAAUGUCUCAAAGGAAAAUAGUGCUGAUCAGGGUGUUGGAAGUAGCUUUGGUCUUUCUUCGCGGCCAGAUUUUCAGCAGAAGAAAGCAAAGCUGCUGUACAUGCAAGAAGAGGUUACGAGGCAAUGCAAGCAGUACCAUCUACAAAUGCAAAUGGUUGUUUCAUCGUUCGAGUCAGUAGCGGGUCUUAGUUCUGCUACUCCUUACAUCCCCAUGGCUCUCAAGUCAGUAUCGAAACAUUUCAGGUGUCUAAAAAAUUCUAUCUCAGAUCAGCUCAAGCUUAUAAGCGAAGCCUUGGGAGAGGAUUUGUCUAUUCCCUCCACCAGUACUUGUAGUAAAGCUGACACUGCUAUGGCGAGGAUAAGAUGCAGCAAGGACCAAAGCUUUCUAAAGAACAAAUCUGGCAGGGUUACUACAGAUCUUCUUGACCCCCAACAGCAUGUGUGGAGGCCUCAGAGAGGGUUGCCAGAGCGUGCAGUGGCAAUUCUUAAAGCCUGGUUAUUUGAGCAUUUUCUUCAUCCUUACCCUACAGACACUGAUAAACACAUACUGGCUAGUCAAACAGGUCUAUCACGGAACCAGGUAUCAAAUUGGUUCAUAAAUGCUCGAGUACGAGUGUGGAAGCCAAUGGUUGAGGAAAUACACAUGCUUGAAACUAAAGCAACAGGCACCAAGGAGAAUAAUGGUAAACAUGAGGGAACAUCUCCUGGCACUCAAGGUGAUACCAGCCAACCUAGAAUGGAUAAGCAUUUGAGCAAUAUUGGUAUGGAUUCAAUACCUGAAAACCAAUUUGAUGGUAUGGAAAUGGGAUCAAGCAAUGUUGGGGAAAGUGAGUUGAAUGAAGAACCAUGGUGUCAAGAGAAGAGAUCUAAAGUGGAAUGCCAAAUGACUUCAAACGAUAUGGAUGGUACGCUGAUGGGUUUUGUGCCAUACCGACGUGGUGGUCUUGAGGUUGGUGGACUUGGUUCUGUGUCACUAACAUUGGGUCUUAGGCAUGGUGUUGAAGGGGUGCAACACCAACAACAAUUGCAAGAGGAGCAGCUUAGACAUCGCCUUGGAGGGCACAUGAUCCAUGACUUUGUGGGUUGA